AUGGUUUUACUCCCCCUGCCAGUUCUUCUCUUCUUGAUUUGGAGGCGAUCUUUCGCGAACAUCCACCCCUCGCGACCCUUACACAAAAUCGAGCGGAAUUCUCCACACCUCGAUGAUUCGGUCUCAAUCCCUUAUGCGGCAGAGGACUCCGACUUGCCCGCCAAGAUUCCUGACACGACUGAGAUAUUAAGCUGUCAGCGAAUUUUAAUAGAACGAACCGGUGUCAAGGUCGUUGCUCUCGGACACCAUUUUGUCGCUAAAUAUGGGCCAGCUGUUAAUCUGGAGGAAGGCCGAACGAUGAUCUUUCUUCGUCGACGCGCUCAAGUCGCCAUCCCCAAAGUCUACGCCCUCUUCCGUGCCUGUGAUCAGAACUUCAUCAUCAUGGAGCGAAUCGAAGGUCAAACGUUACGGGACGUCUGGCCUGCACUGACGGAUGUCGAGAAAACGACUAUCGCUAAUCGAAUCAAGGAAUCUCUCAUCAAAAUACGAUCUCUUCCAGCACCAAAUACAUAUUGCAGCCUCGGAAACAAACCACUACGACAUCCUCUCUUCUGGACACCGGCAGACGACCCAAGAUGCGAUGGGCCUUUCGAGUCAGAAUCGGAAUUAAACGAUGCACUCGUCAGAAAAUUCAGAGCUUCGGAGGCGAUGCAAGGAAAGGCGCCUUUCUACCAAAACAACCUUCCGUAUGUUUUCCAAGGGCAUCCUCCAGUCUUUACACAUGGCGAUCUGCAACUCAAGAAUAUGAUGAUCAGAAAAACCCCAGAAUCACUGGGAGAGGUCGUCCUUCUAGAUUGGGAAGUUGCUGGUUGGUAUCCUAACUACUGGGAAUACGCUCAGGCUAUCAUUGCUUGUGGACUAUUUGAUGAUGACUGGCAUCAAUAUGUUAAUGACAUCCUACCGGCUUUUCGAAGUGAAUACGCCUGGCUACGUAUGAUACGGAGCGAGUUGUGGUGA